AUGAAUCCAGACCAUCCACCGGCUGAACAAGCCGGACCAUCAUCCACAUCCACAUCAACACCAGCCUCCACCAACGACCAAACCAAAGCGCAUACAAGACCCUUCCGCUUCAAAGAAAGCUCCUCCAAACGCCCAAGAAACAAAUACUCCGAGGACAAACAUCGCGAACCCCACACCCGCCACCACCGCAAACGAACCAGCCAUUCCCGCCCACACACGCGAGAUAGCCACUCCAAACGGCGACGCACGAGCAAAGGGGAUUCCCCCAUCCCUGACAUCCCCCCACUUUCCACAAACGACGCCUUCCGUGAAUCACUCUUCGACGCCCUAGGCGAUGACGAAGGCGCCCAGUACUGGGAACACGUCUAUGGGCAACCAAUCCACAACUACCGCGUGCCGGAGGUGCAAGGGCCAAAUGGCGAGCUGGAGCAAAUGACAGAAGAGGAGUACGUGACAUAUGUGCGGGCGCGGAUGUGGGAGCGGACGCGGGAGGGGAUGCUGGAGGCACAGGCGAAGUUGCGGGCUGAGCGGAUGCAGAAGAGGAAGGAGGAGGAGGCGAGACGGAGGGGGGAUGAGAGGAGGGCGUUUGAGAGGGCUAUGGAUGAUAGUUUGAGGCGGGGGAGGGAGCGGAAGGAUAAAAAGAAGGAUAAGGGGUGGGGGGAGGGUUUGGGAGGAGUUGUUGGUGGGGAAGGUGCUGAGGGGUCUGUGAAGCUGUUGCGCAGUUUACUUUUCUGGCCUGUGUUUUCGGGGAAGAGAGGGGAUGUGCAGCCGGGUGCUGUUGAGGAGUUUAUGCGGAAUGCGCCGGAGGAGUUUCUUGCGACGCUUAAGUCUGAGCGUGUACGCUGGCAUCCUGACAAGAUUCAACAGCGGUUUGGGUCUUUGGGGAUUGAUGAGGUUGUUAUGCGGAGUGUGACUGAAGUUUUCCAGAUUGUGGAUCGCUUGUGGAAUGAGGAGAGGGAGCGGAAGUGA